GAUAAACAUAAUUAACUGAUUAAGAAAAGACAGACAUUUCCUGUGUGCGUUCUUAGCAACUGUUGUGUUGUCUCUUAUGGCAGAGUUCCUCUUGAUUCUUUGCCAAAAGCUGUUAAUUCCCAUUUACAACUGCAGGCCUUUGCCUUUGUUUCUUUAGGAAUUGGAUCUACGCCUUCAGCGAAAGAAAGACUCUUUGCUGGAUUCCUGGAUGCUGACCAGUACUUCAGAAUCUCAAGAACAGCUACUUAUUUCUGCUUCUUGAUGUGCUUCUUUGCCACUUAGAUGCAUCUAGAUCUUCUUUUUCUGUCCUAACAGGAUAUUGACAGCGGCGAUGCCUAGAGAAAAGGAUCCAUUUCGGAAGUACGUGAUGUUCCUGAAUGAAAAUAAUAGCAAGUGGAGGUGUAACUUCUGCGAAAAGGGGCAUGGUGGAGGGGCUAUAAGGAUCAAGGCUCACUUGGCUGGAAUUGGAGGCUUUGGUAUUAAAGCAUGUGAAAGAGUUGAUGCUAAUGUAAGAGCAGACGCCCAAGUCGCACUGAUGGCUACAAGAGUGAUGGACUCGAGCGACCGAGGUGUAUCUGAGGAAAGGCUACAAGGAAAUGCUAGAGCAGCUCCGACCAGCACAUCCCAUCCGCCAAAUGUGGGGGAAGGACCCAAUUUACAAUUUCCACAAGGUGUGCCUCCUUUGACACCACAAACUCGUGGAUGGAUGGAAGAGAUGGUGCAGGGGGAGAGGGCAGUCGACAUCGCAAACCUCCCAUUGGAUGGCGCAACAAGUUACUCUAGUGCAUCUCCUCCGCCAAACUCAUUCUUACUUAAUUCGCCAAACGAACUGUCGACUCUUUUUACCGAGUCUCUUGACCUUGGGACAUUAAAUGCACAACAGAAACCAAGUGCGCCAUUGCCAUCACCAAACCGUCAGUUCCUCGAUAACAUUUUCCAAAAUGAGUUACAGGGGUCCAUUUUGCCUGGUCCCAUUGCAUCAGAUACUCAACUCAUUAACAUGGCCACAACCAACACUCCCCAGCAUUCUAAUCAACCAGAUCAGAGCUUUCACAGGCAGUGUGGACAUGGCACUGGUUUAUCUCCCCCACGGGCUUCCAUGGAAAUAGAGCCACUAUUUCCAUCACAACCUUUCAAUGAACCUCUUGUUUUUGAGCCAUUAAAUCCCCCUCUGCAGAUUCCAGAGGAUAUCAUAAGCACAAUAGGCCCAUCAACAUUAGAAGGGAUGCCGAAAGGCGCACCAGCAGGGGCAUUAUCAGUCCAGUAUGAUCGAUUACCAGAUGCAGAUAUGAACGAGGGUGCGCCAAUGACGAGUCAUCCACAUACAGACAACAACUUCGAAGAGAACAGAGCUUUGAAAAGAAAACUAAAACGACUCUAUAGUAGAGAAGCUGACAUAAGGGAUGAGUUAAAUUUUGCUGCAUCUCUAGCCCUAAAAAAGCCAAGAAUGGAAGUUGCAAAUUGGUUGGUGGAUGUGGAGAAGCUUAGAAAUGUUUCCCAUUGUACUGAAGCAGCAAGUGAGGAUUAUUUGCCACCAAAUCAACAGUUGCAUGUUGGAGGAUUGAUGAGAGAAGCAGAAGACCUUAUGAGACAAGGCAAAUUCCCAAAAGGACUAUUGGAGGUGAGAGAUACCAAAGUCAGUAAAUUGUUAGAACGACAGUUGGUGGGAGAGGCAUUUCAGAGAAAUACUACAAAGAUUUUGAAGUACCUAGUAGGGAAUCAAAUAUCCAGAUUAGGCAUUUAUGGAAUGGGGGGUGUUGGUAAAACGACUAUUAUGGUACACAUACAUAAUAGACUUCUCGAAAAAGCAAAUUUUGACAAUGUGUUGUGGAUUACUGUGUCACAAGAUUUUAACACACAAAAGUUGCAGGACAACAUUUGCGAGGCACUAAGAUUAGACAUUCCACAAGAAAAGGAUGUGAGGAAACGAGCAGCAAUAUUGUCCGAUUGUUUAACCAAAAGAGGGAAGUCGAUAAUGAUCCUCGAUGAUGUGUGGGAACGCUUUGAUCUUGAAGAGGUGGGAAUCCCUAUUAUAGCAAAUGAAUUUAAGUUAGUCUUAACCACUCGAUCUUGCGAUGUAUGCUGCCAGAUGCUCUGUCAAGAGAAGGUAAAAAUUGAACCUCUAUCUCAAAAAGAAGCAGAAAGUUUAUUUAUGGAGGAGCUCAGAUCUGAAGUGGCACUUAGUUUGGAAACUAAAGAAGUUGUGAAGUCUAUUGUUAAAGAAUGUGCAGGCUUGCCGCUUGGAGUCAUCACGAUAGCAAGAAGCAUGCGAGGAGUGACUGAUGUGUUUCAAUGGAAGGAUUACUUGGUGAAAUUGAAAGAAUCGGAUAUGGGGCAAACAGAUAUGGAAAAGAAGGUCUUAAUGAAAUUAAAAUUCAGUUAUGAUCGCCUUGGUAAUCAUGAAGUUCAACAGUGUUUCUUAUCUUGUGCACUUUAUCCAGAAGAUAAAUUGAUCGAUAAGUUUGAGUUGAUAGAAUUCUUUAUUGACCAAGGAUUGAUUGGUGGAUUGAAUACAAGGGAGAGACAAUAUGACAGAGGCCUCACCAUACUGAACAAACUAGAAAAUGUUUGCCUAUUGGAAAAUUAUGAGGAAGAGAUGAAGAUGCACGAUUUGAUUAGAGACAUGGCAUUGCACAUCAUGAGUGCAACUUCCAUUAUAAAAGCAGGAAAGGGGUUGAUGAGGAUUCCACUUGAGGAAUCUUGGACGGAUGCUUUGGAGAAAGUUUCUCUGAUGCACAAUGACAUUAGAGAAUUUCCGUUGGAUAUGUCACCAAAUUGUCCUAAGCUAUCAACUUUUCUAUUGAAUAGAAGCUUGUUGAGGGAUGUGGUCAUUCCUAAUUCUUUCUUCAAACAAUUAUGGGGACUAAAGGUUCUAAACCUGAGUAACUGUAAAUUGAGAGAACUUCCAAAUUCCAUCUCAAACUUGGUAAAUUUGAGGGCACUAUUGCUUAGAAAAUGUGGGGAAUUGCGUCGUAUUCCUUGUUUAGGGAAGCUCAGAUCUUUAAGAAAGUUGGACGCUCAUGGUUGUGUUUGUCUUGAAGCGCUCGAGGGUUUGGAAAUGUUGGUGAAUUUGAGAUACCUAGACCUAACCGGUACACAUAUAAGGGGAUUACCCAAAGGAACACUGGGGGGUUUGCUAGACUUGCAAUAUCUUAAAGUUGGGGCAGUAAUUGAAUACAUUACAAAAUUGGGGGCAUUGGAGACAUUUGAAUGCUACUUAAAAGAUGUGGAUGAUUUCAACAAAUGUGUGAGGGUUAUUAACCAGAGUAUUAAUUCUCGCUAUUACAAGCUCGACGUGGGUCUAAAAAAAUCAAUGUUGCAUGUGGAAGUAAGUGAUGAUGCUAGAUUUCGGAGUGGGAGGAGUGUCGACAUUCUUGAGUGGAGUCAUGCUAUUGUGAGCGUGGAAGGGGAAAGCACUGGCAUUUGUAUUUUGAUUCCCCAAGAUGUGAAAAAAUUUACAGGGAGUUAUUGCAACAGUAUAACAAAUUUGUCUGGCAUGGGUCCGCUUGACUACCUUGAGGAGCUAAUCAUACGAAUAUGGGAUAACUUGCGGGUGCUUUGCGGACGACAAGAUGAAGAAGUAAUCAACAUCCAUGACUCCCUUGCCCCAACCCCUACCCCUCUCCUCUUCCCAAGCCUCAGGGUUUUAGAUAUAUAUGCAUGUCCGAAACUAAAGUAUCUCUUUGGGCAUGGGUCUAAAUUCUACCUUCCGCAUUUACGAAAGAUUGCAAUAAAUGACUGUGAGGAAAUGAUAGGGAUAACAGCGGCAGUUACAUCUCCACCACCACAUCCGCCCCCAGACUUCCCUAGUCUGGAAGUGAUUUCUGUUUGGUGGUGUGAUAAAAUGAAGAGGGUGGUGGAAUCCGAGUGGCUGUCCCACUUCCCUAAUUUGAGAGAUAUUAACGUAUCCGGUUGUCAUAACAUGGAGGAGAUAAUCGGAGGUCCUCCCCAACACAUGCCAGUUGAAGAGAUUUCUCUUGAAUCUCUUAGGGUACGAGGUUGUGGUAACAUGAGAAAGCUAUUUCCGCAUGAGUUGCUAAUCCAUCUUCAAAAUCUUCAAAGUAUACAUGUCCGUUGUUGCAAAGGAAUGGUGGAGAUGAUAAGCGGAGCGGGACAAGGCCAAGAAGGAAGCAUAAUGACUUCCGUAAACAACACCCCUUCAUUCUUCCAGUCUCCAAUUUCUCUCCCAAAGCUGAACCGAUUGUAUCUACACGAUCUACCCCAACUGAAGAGCAUAUGUAAAGUCCCAAUAACUUGCUAUUCCAUGGAAGAUAUGCAUGUGUCCGAAUGCCCAGAAUUGAAGGGAAUUCCUUUGCAAUUGCGAUUACGUGAUAUUGAGGACCUUCCGAAUAUUGAGGUGGAAGAUGAGGAAAAGUGGAAGACGUUGAUGUGGGAUCCUCCCAAUGCUCAGGCUAUUCUUCAACCUUAUCUCCAUUUCAUCGGCAGAACCUGUGUUCUAGGUGGCGAUGAGUCCCAAUAAUAAUUAUCUGCCAAAGGAUUUCCUGCUAUGCUGCUUUUGAAGAAAGCCUGCCGAAAGGCCUUCAGCAGCUAUUUGACUUACCCGAGCAUGCUUUCCUGCAAACUCAGGUUGCCAUGUGAAUUUACUUUUUUCCAUGUGCCAA